CGGCCCUGGCCCGCGUGUGCGGCCCUCUCUCGCGCUCCAGCACCGCUCUGGCUGUGCCCCGGCCCCCGCCACACGCGCAGCCAUGGUGGGCCGGCUGAGCCUGCAGGAUGUCCCCGAGCUCGUGGACACGAAGAAGAAGGGCGACGGCGUCCUGGACAGCCCGGACUCGGGGCUGCCCCCAAGCCCUAGCCCCAGCCACUGGGGGCUCGCGGCGGCGGCGGGCGGCGGUGGGGAGCGCGCCCCGGUCCCUGGGGCGCUGGAGCCCGACGCGGCGGCGACCCCAGCGAUCCCGAACCCAGCAUCUCUGACCCACUCGCUGGCUGCCAGCUGCUCACCACGGCUCUGUCCCCUGUCCUUUGGCGAAGGAGUCGAGUUUGACCCCUUACCACCCAAGGAAAUAAAGUACACCUCCUCAGUCAAGUACGACUCCGAGCGGCAUUUCAUCGAUGACGUGCAGAUGCCCCUGGGGCUGGAGGUGGCUUCCUGCAGCCAGACAGUCACCUGUAUCCCCAAUUGCACUUGGCGAAACUAUAAGGCUGAGGUGCGCUUCGAGCCCCGCCACAAGGCCGCGCGCUUCCUCAGUACCACCAUCAUCUACCCCAAGUACCCCAAGACCGUCUACACCACCACUCUGGAUUACAACUGCCACAAGAAGCUGAGGAGGUUUCUGUCCAGUGUGGAGCUCGAGGCCACGGAGUUCCUGGGUAGUGACGGUCUCUCAGAUGAAUGCUGAUUCAAGCUAGCUACCUGAGGUUGGGCCAGCCCUGGUCCCCAGACCACUCUGGACAAGUUGGGUAACAUUGCUCUUACAUAUCAUCCCAGCCCAGAGGAGUCUGACCUAGAGAUACCUCUAAGCCUAGCCAGGGAAAGAAGAAA